AUGUACAAGAACUUUGAAUCUCUUCGAUAUGGCAUGAAGAGUCAGACGGCACAGAGCUCGGCAGAGCGUGAAUACUACUACAGGUGGAUGCUGCGUGAGGAUACGGAUGCCUGCAUGCUGCGGUUGUUUGAGUGUUUUAUGGAGAGUGCACCACAGCUGACCCUGCAACUGUACAUCCUGGUGGUGGACCCUGCUGAUGCAUCAAAUCCCCUGAGGAUCAUCUCCCUCCUCUCUUCUUGGAUCGGAAUCUGUUGGUCGCUGGCCUCAUACUACAAAUCAUUACGAUUCUCACGAGAAAACAAAGAGAACUUGACAGUCUGUGGCACAGUGGCCUACUUUCUAUGGCGGCUGCUCGAGGUUGGACCCCGCAUCGUCAUCAUCUCCAUGUUCAUGACACAGUACUACUUCUGGGUCGCCGUGCCCCUCUCGUUGCAUUGGGUUUUUGUCUUUAUCUGGCUCCAAAUACAGCAACUGACCUUCUGUCAGAAUUCCGUCUGGCAGACGUUUUUCAACAUGAUGUGUGCUUUCGUCUCAAUCUUCUGCUUCCUCAAUGCAAAAGAUGGGACGUCCCGCUAUCGUUGCAUUCUCUUCUAUGCCAUUUUCUACACAGAGAAUAUUGUGCUGUUUGCACUCUGGUUCCGCUUCACCGACCACAUGGGCACCUGGUAUCACCUGACUGCAUUCUUCUUUGUGCUGUGUGGUGCUGUGCUCCAGGCAAUCCUUUUUUGCUGCUACUACUGCUGCUGUCACCCAGAAAGUGGGUCCCUCGUUAUCUGUAAGGAGUACGACAGCCACGAAAUGUUCACCUCUCUCUGCUUCUCAAUUCCAGCGACACAGACCAACGAACGUGAAAAGAACGUACCCCCAAACAUGAUAACCUACGAGAAGCAAGAACGAAAACAAAAACUGGAUCAAGGGCUUGGAUAUGCACCUCACAAGCGGAGCCACAUCUCAAUGGUAACUGUAACGCCACCCAUAUCAGAACGGUCUUUAGCAAUGGCUCGCAGUGGGCACAGCCUGGAUGGUGACAUAUCCAGUUAUCCUUCGUUCUCAGCCAGCUUCCAGACCAGUGACACAAAACUCUGCUUAGAUUCAGUAUCAAACACUUCAUCAAGGAAGACAGAGACAAACGUUUGAGCUGAGUUUUAGUUGAGCAGAAUUAAACUAAGUUGAGCUAAUCUGUUUUCAGUUGAGUCGGGUAGAUCUGAAAUGAAUUGGGCCGAUUUGAGUUAAUUUCAGUUGAGCUGACCUCAGUUGUGGUGAACUCAGCUGAUCUGAACUGAAUUUCAUUACUUAGCUGAUUUGAGCUGAGAUGAAUUGAGCAUGGUUGAAUUAAGAUUACCUCAGUUGAUCUUACAUUUAGCUUAGCUCCGUUUAACUCAGCUCAGCUUGGCUAUGCCUAAUUCAGCUCAACUCUACAUCACUGAGCUGAGUUUAGCUCUACUUAGUUCAAUUCAGCUUAGUUCUACUUAACUCAGCUCAACCUAACUCUGCUUAGCUCAGUUAACUUGAGCUCUCUUCAGCUCAGUUCAGUUCAAUUUAUCUCAGCCAAACUCAACUAAAUUCAGCUUAAGUCGAAGCCAUGGAAAGCAGUUUCCUUUCUACAAAAUGGUUCUUGUGUCUGAAUUUGUGUAUGUAAAUAGUUGUAUCAAUGUAUUUAUGUCUCCCACACCAACACACACACACACAUACACGCACACACACACACACACACACAUACACACACUCAACAUUCGGAGUAGAACAAUUAAACGUAUCUAUUUAAUAUUUCAUUAAAACGAUCCUCCUCCCCCCACCUUCAGACCACUGCCACCACUACCCUUACAAAAACUACACUCAUUUCCAUCACUUUUCAGAGUGAGAGAAACGAAGCAAAUUCGUUAAGAGGAAUUGUUAGAAACAAAUUAACAGGUACAAGAAUAAAUAAACAAACUUGACAUAUAAGAAUUUUUUUUUUACCUAGAUUUUGGAAUAUUAACCACCUGUAAGGAUACCAUAUUUCAUUAUGCAAUCAUAAUAUGCCACAGAGUGUAUUGAACGUUUUUAUAAGCCAGUACUGUGUACUGCUGUGUUAGCAGUGCUAUUAAAUCAUGCAUUCAGGUUAAUCUCUACAGACUUUCUCUAGAAAUUGUAUCCAGAACUGAAUUUUGUUAGGAUGUUUCGUAUUUAUCUAUGUAUCCGCUCAGUCGGUUAAACUGCACCGCAAAAUGUGGGAGUAGUUAGGAAUCUAAAUCGGAAGAGACAGAGUCUCACACACACAACUUGAAUUUUAUAUAUAAAGAUUUAAUACAGGAUUGCUAAAGAGUUACUAACAAUUUUAUAGCUUUAUGAUACUUUAAAUUGGCAGAUUUAUAAAACACAGCUCGUAUCUGCAAGGGAUCUCUCAGGCUGUGCGUAUGUGUUAGAUGUGUUUUGAAAACCAGGAUGCCGGACUGUAAGAAAAUAA